UCCUCUUCUCCAUCUCAAAACCAACAAAAACAAAAAAAAAAAAUUCAAAUCCCUAAAAAGAUGUCGACGGAGGAAGAACCCAAGGUCGUGGAGUCAGGAGACGCCGAAGCCGAAGCCGAAGCCACGGUGACGACGACGGAGAAGAAACCUGCUAAAGCCAAAGCUAAGAAGACGAAGGAAGCUAAGAAGAAGCCUGCUGCUGCUGCUGCACCGAGGAAGAGAACCACUUCGUCUCAUCCUCCUUACGAAGAGAUGAUAAAGGAUGCGAUCGUGACGUUGAAGGAGAGGACCGGAUCUAGCCAAUACGCGAUUCAGAAGUUCAUCGAGGAGAAGCACAAGUCGCUUCCUCCUACUUUCAGGAAGCUUCUCCUCGUCAAUCUCAGGAGACUCGUCGCUUCCGGGAAGCUCGUCAAAGUCAAAGCCUCUUUCAAGAUUCCGUCUGCUAAACCGGCUGCGGCGACGAAACCGGUUAAGAAGAAACCGGCUGCUGCUGUUACUAAACCGAAGGGUAAAGCAGCUGCUGCUCCUGCUAAGGCCAAACCAGCUGCUAAAGGAACCAAGAAACCUGCUGCUUCUGCUGCUAAGCCUAAGGCAAAGACAACGACAACUAAAGCUGCUGCGAAGCCGAAAGUUACUGCGAAGCCUAAGACGAAGAGUGUAGCUGCUGUCUCCAAGACUAAAGCUGUUGCUGCUAAGCCUAAGGUGAAGGAGAGACCUGCUAAAGCUUCGAGGACUUCGAGUAGGACGUCUCCAGGGAAGAAGGCUGCUCCCGCUAAGAAAGCGGCUGCGCCUGCGGCUAAGAAAGCUGGUGCGAGUAAGAAGGCUCCGGCUAAGAGUGCGAAGGUGAAGUCUCCAGCGAAAAGAGCUUCGACGAGGAAGAAGUGAUGAUGGUUUCGCUUCUCUUAGGGUUAAAGUCUUUUGUAUAAUUGAAAUCGUCUAUGAAGGGGGCUUGUUUUUUCUUUUACUUCCAAAGUUUUAUCUUUUGUUAUAUUUGUCUUUGGUUUCUUCUCGAAACCCCUUUUAUCUUGUAAUUUUUGGGUUGUUUGAAAUUUUAAUAGCUCUAUAUGUGAUGGUUUGCAAAGA